GAGAAGUGGGAGGAGUCAAAGGCGUGGCCAAAGUGGGGGAGAAUAGUUUGCGAGUUCAGUCAUCCAAAAAUGUUUUUUUCACUGAGCGCAACUUUGGGAAUCUAACAAGACGCCAAGAAAGAAAGAAACAUUCUUCUGAUUUUGUGACUUGUUUAGUUGAGUUGAGUUGAGUUUAGUCUGCGAGGAGGACUAAAGAAGCGGCGGAAGUUGCCUCUCUCGAAGAAGAAGAAAGGACGAGCAGUUUGAACACUUUGGUGCAUGGAAGAUGUCAGGAAAGCGAGACUGGACUCCAUGGAUGAAGAAGAGAAGUGCUCCAGUGGUGUGUGCACUAGGUGCAGUACUGCUGUGCUGCCUGCAGAGCGGCGCCUCCAUCCCUGACCAAGUCCCAAAGUUCACCGAGGAGCCCGAAUCGGUGGUGCAGAAGCUGGGAGGCAGCGUGCGUCUGCGGUGUGGCGCCCGGCCCGCCUCCGCCAACAUCAGCUGGCGCCUCAACGGCCAGCAGCUGAUGGGCGGAGAUCUGGGCGUGGUGCUGCAGCCCGGCAGCUUGUUCAUCGCCGCCCUCGCCAAUGCCACUCUGGGUCGCUACCAGUGUGUGGUCAGCACCCUCGCCGGGGCCCUGGCCAGCGUGCCCGCCCACGUCACUGCAGCCGAGCUGCGUGACUUUGAGCGUGAGGAGCGAGAGGAUGACGAGGACAUCGAGGUGGAUGAAGGCAACACGGCCCUCAUCACGUGUCACCUGCCUGAGAGCCAACCCAAGGCUCAGGUGCGCUACAGCGUCAAGCAGGAGUGGCUGGAGACCUCCAAAGGGAACUACCUGAUCAUGCCGUCAGGGAACCUGCAGAUCGCCAACGCCACACAGGACGACGAGGGGCCGUACAAAUGUGCCGCCUACAACCCCGUCACCCAGGAGGUGAAGACCUCCACCUCCACCGACCGCCUGCGCAUACGCCGCUCCACCUCGGAGGCGGCCCGCAUCAUCUACCCACCGGCCUCGCGCUCCAUCAUGGUGACCAAGGGCCAGCGCUUGGUGCUGGAGUGCGUGGCCAGCGGCAUCCCACCGCCGCACGUGAGCUGGGCCAAGGACGGCCUGGACUUGCGUUUCCAUAACAACACCCGCUUCCUGCUUAGCAACCUGCUCAUCGAUGCUGUAGCCGAGGGCGACUCGGGGACGUACGCCUGCCGCGCCACCAACGGCAUCGCUUCCUCCGCCUCGCCAGCCACCGUGCUUUACGACGUGCAGGUGUUUGAGCCGCCUCAGGUGUGGGUGGAGCUUCAGCAGCAGGAAGUGACACCUGGCGACACGCUGCGCUUCACCUGCCAAGCUCGCGGCAAGCCGGCGCCCUCGGUGACCUGGCUGCACAACGCCCAGCCUCUCUCGCCCUCACCUCGCCACCGCCUCACCUCCCGCACGCUGCGGGUGUCCAGCGUGGGGCCCCAGGACCGGGGCCUCUACCAGUGCAUGGUGCACAACGGCCUGGGCAGCGCUCAGGCAGCCGCUCGCCUGCUCGUGUCCGGCGGCGGGGCAUCCCGGGGGAAGCUGUAUCGGCCCCUCGGUCCGGACAAGGUGCUGAGAGAGCAGACGCCCGGGGCCACGGGGGCCAUCUUGCCUCCGGACUGCUCCUCGCUGCCGGCUCCCGUCCUGCCCGCCGAGGCGCCCGUCAUCCUCAGCCAGCCUCGCACGGGGAAGGCCGACCACUACGAGCUCACCUGGAGGCCCCGACACGAGCGAGGGGCCCCCGUGCUGGAGUACAUGGUCAAGUACAGAAAGGUUGGUGAGCCGCUAUCGGAGUGGACGUGGUGCAGCAUCUCAGGUGGUGUACACAAGGUGACGCUGGCCAAGCUGCAGCCUGACAGUCUGUACGAGGUGGAGAUGGCGGCCAAGAACUGUGGAGGUGUGGGUCAACCCGCCAUGAUGACCUUUAGGACCGGCAGAGGACGCAGAGGACUAGGAGGACACGCCCACCUGCCCAAAACCCCUGCUGUGCCCUCACCCAGCCUCUCACCACCCGAGGCACCAGACAAGCCCACGGUCUCCACGGCGACAGAGACCUCGGCCUACGUGACCUGGAUCCCCCGUGGCAACCGUGGCUUCCCCAUCCAGUCCUUCCGUGUGGAGUCCAAGAAGGUGCGGCAGGCGGGCGAGGACUGGAAGACGGCGGUGGACAACAUCCCACCUUCACGCCUCUCUGUGGAGAUCACCCACCUGGAGAAAGGAACCUCCUACAAGUUCCGAGUGCUGGCCGUCAACGUGAUCGGAUCCAGCCCGCCUAGCGCUGCCUCCAAGGCCUACACCGUGGUGGGUGGCAGGACCCACCAGCGCCCCGUUGACGGCCCUUACAUCACCUACAACGAAGCCAUCAACGAUACCGCCGUCAUCCUCAAGUGGACGUACACUGCGGUGAACAACACGCCCAUAUAUGGCUUCUACAUCUACUACCGGCCCAGCGACAGCGACAACGACAGUGACUACCAGAAGGACGUGGUGGAGGGCGACCGCUACUGGCACGCCAUCAGUGACCUGCAGCCCGAGACGGCGUACGACAUCAAGAUGCAGAGCUUCAACGAGAAGGGUGAGAGCGACUUCGGCAACGUGGUCAUCCUGGAGACCAAAGCGCGGCCGCAUCACCAGCGCCCCGCCCCCUCGGAAGGCCCCGACCCAGAGGCGGGUCGCUCCGGCGGGUCGGUGCCUCGGCCGGGCGACCUGCCAUACCUAAUCGUGGGCGUGGUGCUGGGCGCCUUCGUCUUCAUGGUGGUGGCCUUCAUCCCCUUUUGCCUGUGGAGAUCCUGGGCCAAGCAGAAGCAAACGUCGGCCUUGUGCUUCCCCGCCAUGGCCGCCCCCACAUCCUCCUGCCACUACACGGUGGUUCCUCUCCAGGGUGUGGCCUUGGUGGGACACGCUCCCGUGGACGCCCACCUGACCCUGGUGGGACACACUCCCGUGGACGCCCACCUGACCCUGGUGGGACACACUCCUGUGGACGCCCACCUGACCCUGGUGGGACACACUCCCGUGGACGCCCACCUGACCCUGCCGCAAAACCAAGAACACGCACACCCCGGCAAAGUCCAGCACCGGCAGGUGGACCUGGAAGCUUCUAUGGAGUGUGACACCUUGUUACCACGGCGACUGUCCAACGGGCACGCUCCUCUGUGCCACUACGCCAACGAUGACGCUGAGCCUCCUGAUUGGUCCAUGCUGGAUCCGUGUCCUCAGUGGGCGGAGCCUCAGCAGUGGCCAGAAGUCACGUCUUCUCCCAGCACUUCUCUACAAGAUGAAGCAACGCUCAGCAGCAACACAUGAAUAUUUAUUUUUCUAUUUAUCUAUUUAUACUUUUGUACAUAUCAUCCUGUAUAUAAAUAAGAUGGCAUCUUUUUUACAGCAUCAUAAACUUUGUCUGGAAA